CCUCCAUAUAAUCUCCAAGUGUUGAGCUGCAUAGUUCUAUUGUUUCACACUUUGGCCUAUAAUGGUGCAAAUGUUGAGUUCAACCAAAUUCAUGGACAGGGUUCCAUUUCAUUGCCUUGUUCUUGUUUUGGCACUUCUUUUUCCAUUCAAAUCAUCUGCAGCUUUUAAUUUGAGCAUGGGAUCCUCUCUUUCAGUAGAAAAUCCAGCUCAAACUUUGAUGUCGCCGGACGCCGUAUUUACCGCUGGCUUUUUUCCGGUCGGCGAAAACGCGUUUUGCUUUGGAAUAUGGUUCUCGGAGCCAACAACCAGUACAGACAACCUCACCGUGGUGUGGAUAGCAAAUCGUGAGGAGCCGGUAAAUGGUCAACGCUCCAAGCUCACCCUGCACAAAAAUGGAAACCUUAUCCUUUCCGACAUCGACCGAUACACCGUGUGGUCCUCCGACACAGCUUCAAACUCAUCGGCCCACUUGCACCUCAGAAACACCGGCAAUCUAGUUCUUCUCGAAGAGCACGGCGUCGUGUUGUGGGAAAGCUUUGCUUCGCUGACGGACACGCUUUUGCCUCAGCAACCGCUCACAAGAAGCACACAGCUCAUUUCUUCAAGAAGCCUCACCAACUAUUCCUCCGGCUUCUACUCGUUUUACUUCGACAACGACAACACUCUUCGUAUACUCUACAAUGGCCCCGAGGUUUCGAGCAUUUACUGGCCCGAUCCAUGGCUUCUGAGUUAUCAAGCAGGAAGAUCCACAUACAACAACACUCGAAUUGCAGUUUUUGACAGCUUGGGAAAUUUUAGCUCAUCUGAUAAUUUUACCUGCAAAAGUGUGUGCCUGGACUUGUGCAACUGUACUGGAUUCCACCACAAAUUUGGUGGCGGUCAGUAUCAGUGUUAUCCCAAGUAUCAAAUGCGAAAUGGCUACCGCUCGCCUGCUUUCGAUGGGGAGCUGUAUGUGAAGCUACCAAAAGGCCUCCUCAAUGCUACUUAUAAGGAUUCCAAAAUGUGCUCAGCUAAACUUACAGCACAACUUGACAGAACAUAUGAAAGAAGCAAUCCCAGUGGAUCGAUCCAGUUUAUGCUUAAAUUCGCAUCGGCCGUGGGAGGACUAGAGGUCAUUUGCAUCUUUGUUGUGUGGUUUUUUGUAACGAGAAGAAGCAGCGGGGAUAAAAAAGAUUCAGAAUUAGAAGCACUAGCUCAAGGCUACCUUCAAACUGCCAGUGGAUUCCGAAGGUUUACUUACUCCGAGUUGAAGAAGGCCACAAAAGGAUUCAAGGAAGAGAUUGGAAGAGGAGGAGGAGGAGUUGUGUACAAAGGCGUGUUGUCUGAUCAGCGAGUUGCAGCGAUUAAGCAACUGAAUGAUUGUAAUCAAGGAGAAGCUGAGUUCCUUGCAGAAGUAAGCCUUCUUGGUAAGCUUUACCAUAUGAACUUGAUAGAGAUGUGGGGUUAUUGCGUGGAAGACAAGCAUAGGCUUCUGGUGUACGAGUACAUGGAGCAUAGUUCCUUGGCAAAAGUUUUGUCUUCCAAAGUGCUUGAUUGGAAGAAGAGGUAUGACAUUGCUCUUGGCACAGCAAAAGGACUGGCUUAUCUUCAUGAAGAGUGCUUGGAAUGGGUUUUACACUGUGAUGUGAAGCCUCAGAACAUACUCUUGGACUCCUAUUACAAUCCCAAGGUAGCAGAUUUUGGGUUGUCCAAGCUAUUAAACAGAAGCGAGAACACCAACUCAGACUUCUCGAAGAUUAGAGGAACCAGAGGUUACAUGGCUCCAGAGUGGGUGCACAACAUGCCCAUCACUUCGAAGGUGGAUGUCUACAGUUAUGGCAUUGUUGUACUGGAAAUGCUCACCGGGAAGAACCCAACUGAAACCAAUCUUCAAUCGGUUGAAGGUGGAGGAGAGACACACAAGAAGAUGAUGGUACAAUGGGUGACGGAAAAAAUGAAUGGAGCGUUUGCAAAUGCAGAGACCAAAAUGGGAGGUAAAAAUGAAAAGGGUAAGCUGGAAAUUCUUGUUAAAGUGGCGCUCCAGUGUAUAGAGGAAGACAGAAAUGCAAGACCCUCUAUGAGUCGAGUAGUUGAGAUGCUUCUGCAUCAUCAAUUUCAGGGGUGAUUGUUCAU